UUUCUCACGUUGCUAUCUUUUUUUUUUCCUUUCUCUUUAAUUUUUUUUUCCAUCAACGUUUUAUCUUUUUUUCUUCCCACUAACAUAUUUGUAUCCUUUUAUUUUUUUUUUAUUAUUAUCUUUGUUUGUGGUGAACAUUUUUUUGUGAAAGUAAGGGAACAAGUGUUGGUUUGUGGAGCUUUUGCAGUGAUGGAAGCUAACCUUGAUAAGCUAGAAGCCAAACUCGACGAGAUACAAUUUUCUGUUACACAAAUGUUGCUCAAGAGCUAUCAACAACAGUUUGAGUCACCUCAAUGUUAUCCACAAGAGAAUUUUGAAAAUAUUUGGUGUGACCCUCCUUGCUAUUAUCCACAAGGGCAAUUCCAACAGUCUAUUUAUGCACCACCAUGCUACUAUCCGCAAGAAGAAUUUCAAUAUCCUUUUUAUGAUCCACAAUGCUACUAUACACAAGAGGAAUUCCAUCAACAUGCAAACCCUGCACCACCAUCUAAAGUGUCGUCGUUUGAAGAAUUGGUGAAGCAGUUUGCGAUCCAGAACAUGCAAGAAACUAGAUCUUCCAUUCAAAGACAAGAGGUCUCCAUUGAGAAUUUAACCAACCAAUUAGGACAGAUGGCUACCUCAUUAAACACACUGCUAGUCGCACGCGCUCACAAAUUGCAACAUGAAGUUGAUGCGGAGAUUGAUGAUGAAGUUAAUCCUUGUGUUGAUCCUCAUCUUGAUGCUAGCACUGAUGGUUCUGGUAAUGUUAAUGGGUUUGAAGUUGAUGUUGCUUCUAAUGCUGGUAUUGAUUGUUCAGCAGCUUAACUCCCAAGUUAGUCUUAGGAUUUUUAAUAUUCUUGUGUUUGCAAACUUGAGGUUCUGUUCUUAAUGCAAAUUCUUUCUUUAUUAAUUCUUUUCAUCUCUAUUUCUGAUCUAGGGUUUGCUUAAUUCCGUAGUUUUAGAAA